CUUUUCUUUUUCUUAAUACAUAUCUCUCCUCCAUCUCUUUCAUUCCUCCUUCAAACACAACUAAAUAUUUUUUUUAUAAAUAUUUUCUUUUCAAAUAAAUAUCUAACAAAUACCUUUUUUUCACACGCAAAUAAAUACCUUUUUUUUCACGCGCAAAUAAAUACAAUAAAUACCUUUUUUUACGCGCAAGUGAAUACCUUUUUUUCACGCUUUAGACGUUUUGUGGUUCUUGCCAAAUUUGGUACCUACUAUAUUUACGAUACUGCAGUUUUAUUACUGUUAUCAUUCUUCCUUUGGUUACGCAUCGCGAAUAUUCACUUGUUUUUCCUUCUCAAUAGAGCUUGUAUAGGAAGUAAUGAAUAUUCAAAAUACCGCCGAACUUACCGCUCUGGAAAACUCUUCUCUUAA